AUGGCACUCUCAAGAGAGGAACGACUGCAGCUCGCAGCUAUUGAUCCCGAGCUGAACGAUUACCUCAAAACAAUAAAUAUUCCCCAAAUUGACACUUCUGAUCCAACGAAGGCGAUCACAAGUUUGAGAUGGUAUAUGAAAAGCCUGCAUAAGCUGCCCGAUCCAGAGAGCGGUGUUGCUGAGCGCGAUAUCCAUUACACUGCAAGAGAUGGGCACAAGUUGCGUGCUCACGUUUACGAGCCAGCUGAAAGGUCCGAGUCACCUCCACCGUUGGUUGUUUAUAUCCAUGGCGGUGGGUGGACUAUCGGAUCCCCAGAAGAUGCUCAGCGCUCGUGUCGUGAUAUUGUACAAAAGCUAGGGGUCGUUUGUCUGGCGCCUUCUUAUCGUCAAGGACCUGAAGACCCAUUUCCAGCUGGCAUAAACGAUAUCUGGGACAGCUUGAAAUGGAUUGCUGCGAAUGCAGAGUCUGAACUGAAGGUCUCACUAUCGAAGGGUCUUAUCAUUGGUGGUUCAUCAGCUGGUGGAAACAUGGCUGCGAUAGCCAGCCAUCUGGCCCGAGAUGAUAAGCUUACUCCUGCGAUAACUGGCGUCUUUCUGCUCGCUCCAAUGAUACUGCCACCAGAGAAGGAAGAAGCGCUGCCUGAGAAGUACAAGGGCCUUUAUUUGUCUCGAACUCAAGCUGAGUGCAAGAACGAUCCCAUUCUCACGCCAGCCUUGGACAAGAUAUUCCACGACUCUGCAGCUGGAGAUAUGUCGUCGCCGCUCUUUGUCCCAUUCAUCUGGCCAACGGGUCACCAGGACUUACCUAGGACGUAUUUCCAAGUUUGUGGAAUGGAUGUCCUUCGUGACGAGGCCUUGAUCUACGAGCAAGUGUUACGUGAGGAUAAUGGGAUUGAGACUCGGCUGGAUAUUUAUCCUGGAAUGCCUCAUAUCUUUUGGGGUGCUUUUGCGCAUUUGAGCCAAGGGAAGAAAGCAGCUGUAGAUCUUGUUAAAGGCAUCAAGUGGCUUCUAAAGUGA